AUGGAUCAACGACCACAGUAUAUCCCAGCUCCACCUCCGCUAUCGCAACCAAAUCAGUCCCAUAUUAUUCCUCUUCCUCCUCCCCCUCCGCGACCAUCGACCCAGCAUGGCCUCAUGCUUCCCCCUCCGCCUGGACCACCGCCAGGAUCUGCCUACUCGGUUUCAAACCAAUGGACAAGUUGGCGCCCCCAGAACUUCACCGCUCUUCCUCCUCCGCCGCCUCACCCGUCAUUGAUGCCGGCAACUCCAGCAUAUCUUCGUCCACAGCCCACUCCAUUGUCCAUUCCUAUCCCGCCUCCACGUUCUGAAGGACCUCUCACCUCUGCUACUUACAUGCCCACUACUGAGACCUUUGGUCCAGGUGUAGGCAUUCCGCCACUUUACGAAAACUAUGGGCACUCUGCAGCUACAGUGCGGCCAAGUGCGACGACCUGGGAUAGUGUAUCUUCGGAUAAUUCUUACAGGAGGGAUGCGAAUGUCCCUGCCACUCCGUCUCGGAACUUACCUCCUUCACUUAUGCUAGGGGAUCACCACGAGAGAAUGUCACCGGGCCCAGCAACGGCCACAUUGCAGAACCCCGGCAACGAGCCAACACGGACAACUAGCCACAAGCACAACGCUAGUGGUAUAUCUCUUGGAGGGAUUUCCGCUGGCGACGCUGCUGUACAAUGGCCUCUUGAGAGGGUAGUUAGUUGGCUUGCGAGAAAUGGGUUUUCUAAAGAUUGGCAGGAGACCUUCAAGUCCUUGGAGCUCCAAGGUGCUGAUUUUCUAGAGCUUGGCCACGGGGCGAAUGGUCGCGGUAACCUUGGAAAGAUGCACCAUCUUGUUUAUCCACAAUUAGCAAAAGAGUGCCAGAAGAGCGGGACUGGUUGGGACCAGAGCCGAGAACGUGAUGAAGGCAAACGAAUGCGGAAGCUCAUUCGUCAAAUACAGGACGGCGGAAACGAUAUGUCCACAUACAUGGAUAGACGACGAGAGUCACAGUCGCUAAUACCUAGUGCGUCCACGGAAGGAGGUCUGGAGAAUUCUCCUAAUUUAGCAUGGGAUUCUGCCUUCCCUCCAUUUGUCGCGAAUGCACAACCAGACAAUGCUUACAGUCAACAUCCUGCUCAUCGACUACCACCAACUACGUACAACAAGCAAAAUGGUCAAGUUCGUUCAGUUACGGCUCCCAUUAUGCAAAAACAGGAUGCUGGAGAUGGCGAUUCAACCAUGCAUCCUCGCUCAGAGUUCUCUAGAAAUGCUCUUGCUGGCUUAGACGAAGUGCGGAAACCAAGCCCUUCUUCGACCAGCGACGGCGGCGUAUUUUCAGGCCCCUCGUUCAAGGCAUAUGAAGAUAGCCCGCAAAGCGGUAGCCCAGCAGCACAGCCUGCCUCACUUGCCCCCUCGGGGUUAGUUUCGUCAUCAACAGGGGAUUUGACCUCCACAAGAUUUGAACAUCAACGAGGAAAUAGCACUGAUUCGCUUUCUGGACGUGGGGGUUCUACUGUGCCUCGGUUUUAUGAGGGCCGAAAACCAGUACCAGAUAACUCACGUAUUACACCGCAAGACAAUAACAAGGAACCUGGUAAAAGCUUUUUGGGGUUUUUCAAAAAGAAAUCCCGCUAUCACGACUCGUCAAAUCCGUCGCCAGAAGACCAGCUUAUGGACUCGCCAACGAGUCCUUCGUUUAUGCGUCAAAAUGGCCUAAACAGCCCCUUCAACAAGACGUCCUUUAACAAUAGUGACUUGUCACUGGUGGAACGUCCCUUAUCUUCUUCUUUCUCUGACUACGAGAAAAGUACAGCCCGAUUUAGGUCAUCUACAAAGCAUAAAAGAUACGUCCUAGCAACUCUAGAUGGGUUAAACUAUCGCCUUGUAGAUAUUACAGAUGCUGAAACGGCGGAAAAUCUACGGGCAUUAAUUUGCCAAACUCUAGGCCUUGCAGACUGGUCCACUGCUCAGAUUGCACUUACAGAGCUAGGGCAAACAGAACACGACGAAUUCUUGGAUGAUUCGACGCUUGCUCUUAGUUGGCGUGCGCGAGCAGACCCGUUGGGAACGUUAAAACUAUAUGUUCGUGAAAACUCGUCUGCAGGAUCUACUGGCUUGGGAGUAUCGGUUCUUGAAAAACUUUCAUCAUCUCCCAGUUUGGCGCAUCGCCCUGUGCAAAGAAAGCCUUUGGAAGACGAUACACUUCACCGCGGUUCUCCACGCACUCAUGUCACAUCUAGCUCGCCUCACGGAGCUUACUACACUUCCUCCAAAACGACCUCCGCCCAUCCGUCACCGUCUUUGCAUGAAACUUUGCGUGACGAGAGUUCUCAUGAUGCCGAUUUAGCGGCUCGCCAAGAGGAGUAUAAGCGGGAGGUUGAGCGAAAACAGAACGCCUACUUCAAGUCAAAGCAGCCUGCGGACCUUCAGCUUCAUAAUAAAGAUAAUUAUGGUGAGACUGGAUACCGGAGUAAAGGUAUCAUUGACUUCGAUCAACCGCGUACCUCUCCUUACGAGGAUAAACGACAUGAGGGCCUAGUUCCUCAGCGGAAGCCUCCAUCUGCCCCAUCUGAGUCGACCACUCUUACCAAGGUCAAUUCUCUCAGUAAAAAGCCCACUGAGCGCACACGCCUCCCAUCGAAGAAACCCGAAACACAUAAAUACAGAUUGAUCCAGGAGGAAGACUCUUCAGAUAUAAGGAAUUCUUCCAUUACUACAAACUUCAAUCGAGAUCUCGAUGCAGGACCCGAAAGUGCUGGCCAUAGGCCUCCUCCCCUGCCCACAUCUACCAGUUCCCCUUCGAUAAUACCAUACUCUACGCCCAACGAUACUGAGUCCAAUACAGCACGGAGGAUUCCAUCGUCUUCCUCUUCCUCUUCCUUUAAACCGGCCUCAUUGCAAAGUCGAAAAUCAUUUGGGCCAGAAUACGAUUUUGAAGAAGCCAAAGUCACAUUCAAUGCCCCUCGCACACCUCAACUGGAAUCUGAUGAUUCCGAUGAAGAUUCCGAUGACGGUCUCUUUGCAAUUCCUAUCUCGACCAAUAAAGGUUCUUCUAUAGAUAAGGAAGGUCCUUCUGCCGCCACACCUCCGAAAUCCCAGAAACCAUCUCUUACGGUGAAUACCUCAACGAGAUUGAGUAAGGGCUUGUCUGUGUCUUUCAAAUCUCCCAAUACUAGUGAUGAGAUAUCCGCCGGACCAUCUUAUCCUGGCUCUGCAGUGUUUUCACACGACCUUCGCUCCGGCAGUGGUUCAUACUCUGCAAAUACAUUGCCGUCGCCUGAGGAUGAACGGUACAAUCGCAGAGAUUCCUUUGCAAGAAACGAUAUUUGGGCUAGCCGUCCUCCAGUCGAAGGCGUCAUCGACAACCUUGACGAUUUCUUCCCUAAUAUCGAUCUCGAUGAACCCUAUUUAGAAGCAUCGGGCACCUCCCCUCCAAGUUCUCCAAUUCAUCCAUCCAUCAAAGACCAAUCCGGGCCCUUGUUCCAACCGCCACCAAACAUCCCUAGCCACGGAUCUGAUAUGCAAGGUCCUAGUGAGCCAAGCUUGAAGCACUCCGUCGCACAUCGCAACCUCGGCAAGGCAGGCGGCUUGAGUCGCAUGAAGUCUAUACGUGAAGUUGCUAAAGGCGCACAAGAAAUCAAUAGGAAGAAAAGCAUUCCAGGUCAGAACAACAAAAGAUCCGGUGACAUACUCCGGCGAAAAAGUACCAAAAUGUUUGGCGCGAAGAUUAUGCAAAUCAGUCCAAAGCCUGGCAGUCGCUUGAGCCAGUUAGAUCCAUUAGUCCCAAACAACAACAAUGUCCCGUCAGGUAGCGUACCACAACGAGAACAAACCUUCCGUAUCAUCAGGGGUCAACUCAUUGGAAAAGGCACGUACGGCAGAGUGUAUCUUGGCAUGAAUGCUGAUACUGGAGAGGUUCUUGCUGUGAAACAAGUUGAAGUCAACCCCAGGGUCGCUGGCCAAGAUAAAGAUCGCGUCAAAGAAAUGGUAGCUGCUAUGGAUCAGGAAAUUGAUACGAUGCAGCAUCUUGAACAUCCCAACAUCGUGCAAUACCUUGGCUGUGAGCGUGGAGAAUUGUCUAUAUCGAUCUAUCUUGAAUAUAUCUCUGGUGGGUCUAUUGGGAGUUGUUUGCGCAAACAUGGCAAAUUCGAAGAGUCAGUUGUCAAGUCACUUACACGACAGACUCUCAGCGGCUUGUCCUAUCUUCAUGACCAGGGUAUUCUUCACCGUGAUCUCAAGGCUGACAACAUUCUUCUCGACUUGGACGGCACGUGCAAAAUUUCUGAUUUCGGAAUUUCGAAGAAGACGGACAAUAUUUACGGCAAUGACGCGUCUAAUUCGAUGCAGGGCUCUGUGUUCUGGAUGGCUCCGGAAGUCGUGCAGUCCCAAGGCCAGGGUUACAGCGCCAAGGUCGACAUAUGGUCACUUGGCUGUGUAGUCCUAGAAAUGUUUGCCGGCCGUCGGCCAUGGAGUAGGGAAGAAGCAAUAGGGGCUAUUUUUAAGCUAGGCAGUCUCAGUCAGGCACCGCCAAUACCGGACGAUGUGGCUGUGAACAUCAGUCCUGCGGCAUUGGCUUUCAUGUAUGACUGCUUUACAAUUGAUACUUUCGACCGUCCGACUGCUGAGACCCUUCUUUCUCGGCAUCCUUUCUGUGAGCCCGAUCCAACUUACACUUUUGAAGAAACAGCGUUGUAUGCAAAGAUUCGUGAUGUACUUUAG